UGGCCUGGGCCGUAUCAGCAAAAAGACCGCUGCGCUCUAUGACACAAGCUUCAAUGACCACAGCGACGACGAGUUCUUCGAUCGAACUUCCACAGCUUGGGGAACUCAGGGCGGGCUGGAUCACGCUUGAAGUGUUAAUUGAUUGACAGGCAAAGGAAUGUUCACUUUGGAGAUUCGUUCUGGUAGCAUGAGGUACUAACCCCUCCUUAAAUCUUUGUGCUACACUAAAAUGCAGAAAAUACAUUCUGGAUGUUUGCUCCUUCGAAAGAAAUGAAGCGCUUCAUGCUUCAGGGCUGGAAAGCACCUCUACCUCGCCCAAAGGAGUGUUUCCCUCUCAGGUGACCAAGACGGAAGCGCCUGAGGCCGACAUUCCUUCGGAGCUAAUGGGUUUGCCAACGUUGGACGCCGUGGAGAACGAGAAGUCCUUGGAGGUGAAGGUGGCUGAGCUGAAGGCAGAGAAGGGUCGUGUUUCUGCACAACUGGCCGCUGAGAAGGUAAAGGCAAGCAAGCUCGAUGCAGGAGAGGAAGAGGAUUCGCUGGAGGCCUUCAUGAAUGCCACGGUGAAGGAGCUGCGACAGGACAAGGGAGAGAAGCUUCAGCGACGACUGCAGGAGGUUGAGAGCCGGUUGACCAAGUUCGAGGCAAUGCUGGCGAAGGCCAAGACCAACAGUGAAGAGGCCACGAGCCUGCCAAAAGCCAAGCCGAAGGCAACCCCACCGCCCAAGGCCAAAGCAUCCAGGGCGGCCCCAAGUUCCACAGCGGAAGUCUUGGCGCGUUUGACAGAGAAGGAUACCAAAGAGGCAAAGAAAGCCAAGGAGCCCACAGAGUCACCAGCUGCACCUGCAGCACCACCUGCGGCACCACCUGCGGCGCCUGCACCAGCGCCCACGGAGCUGCCCGCAGGGGCACCAUUGACCCCGGCAAAGAGGCCAACAGAAGAGGGAAAGCCAGAAGCACACAUCGAUCCAGAGAAGGCGGGCUUGCAAUUCCUGAAUGCACCGAAGGCAGAGGCCAAGCGGCGCAAGGUUUAUGGUGUGACGAUGCCACCGCCAGCGGUGCGGAGUGCUCGUGACAUGGAUCAGGUGGCCUCGGGCGAAUUACAGGAGCCCGAGGGAUGAAAAGCACGUCUGUGUGGAGCCUAUGGUACUUUAUGCAUUCUGUGUACAGUCUACCAAAAAUACUAUCGGAUUGAAAUCGAAAUGGAUGAAGACAUUUCAUCAGGCUGCAUAAAUGAAGGCCUUGAGGCACAUGGUUUGGACAGACUUCUUUACCACUGGCUGCAUUGUUUUUCCAGACGUGAUGACAAUGGUAUUGUUGCCCGGUAGUUACCCAACAACUUCCUGUACACGUUAGCUCUUAAAUGCUUACUUAGCAUGUCUUUGUGGGACAGGUGAAACUCAUAGCACAGGGAGACAAAAAGAAAGAAAAGGUCAUCAAACCCAAAAUACAAUUCAUCUCUGAACUUCUACAGGCUUUGGCUCAAAGUGAAUUCAUCACAUGAUUUGGCCGAAUUUCAACGGCGGAUCCCCAUGACUUAUAGGAUUUGGAGGCCC